AUGUGCGACCAGCAGCAGAUUCAGUGUUGUGUGCCGGUACCCCAGUGCUGUGUCAAGGGUUCCGCCUUUGGUCCCUCACAGUUUCCCUAUGCCAACAACCAGGUGCUGGUCCAAGCUCCAUGUGAGAUGCAAGUUCUGGAAUAUGCUGCACCAUGUCCAGUUCAAGUUUCCCAGACUCCGUGCCAGUCCAGUACAACUGAAGUGAAGAGUCAGGCUCCAUGCUCAACUAAGACCACCAAAGUUAAGUGUCAGGCUCCCUGCCAAUCAAAGACCACCCAGGUGAAAUGCCAGUCCAAGGUCACUGAGGUAAAGUGCCAAGCUCCCUGCCAGACUCAGGUUUCCUGUGUUCAGUGUCAGGCUCCAUGCCAGUCUCAGGUCUCCUAUGUGCAAGUACCACAACCUCUUCAGACCUACUAUGUAGAAUGUGCCCCAGUGUAUUAUACAGAAACUAGUUAUGUGGAAUAUCCGGUUCCAACCUAUGUGCCUGCUCCAGCUCCUCGGCCUGUCCACACCUAUGUAGAAUGUCCCUCAGUGGGCCAGGGUCAGGGAAGUUUCUCUGCUCAGUGCCAGUAUCAGGGCUCCUACGGUAGCUGCACCUCUCAGUCACAGCCACGGGUUUCUUACAGCAACUGUUGUCCACAGCCUCAGUCCCAGGCUUCCAACAGUCGCUGUGUAACCCAAUUCCAGUCCGGGCCCUCCUACACCAGCUGUGGCCCCCAGCGCCAGUCACAGGCUUCCUAUGGUGGCUGUGCCUCCCAAUUCCAGUCUCGAAGAGCAUCUUACAGCAACUGCUCUUCCCAGCGACGGUCUGGGGCUUCGUUUAGCACCUGUGCACCUCAAUGCCAGGCCCAGGGCUCCUAUGGCAGCUUCACAUCACAGCAGCGUCGGUCUCAGAGCACCAGCCGAUGCCUCCCUCCUCGUCAGCUGCAGCCUGCUUAUCGAAGCUGCUCUCCACCAAGGCGUUCUGAGCCCUCUUACAGCAGCUGCCUGCCAUCCCGAUGCUCUUCAGGCUCCUACAACUAUUGCACCCCACCCCGCCGCUCAGAGCCCAUCUAUGGUAGCCACUGUCCUCCUCGGGGCCGCCCUUCAGGAUGUUCUCAAAGAUGUGGACCCAAGUGCAGGGUAGAGAUUUCAUCACCCUGCUGCCCCAGGCAGGUUCCUCCCCAGAGGUGUCCUGUCCAGAUUCCUCCCAUCAGAGGAAGAUCCCAGAGCUGUGGCCGGCAGCCCUCUUGGGGUGUCUCCUGCCCAGAUCUGAGGCCACGUGCAGAGUCACAGCCAUUCCCAAGGUCUUGUAGGCCUCAGCGUCGUGACUGGUCUCCAGAGCCAUCACGGCAGCGGUGCCCAGUUCCUGCACCACGUCCAUGUCCAGAGCCACAGCGUCGUGACCAGUCUCCAGAACCAACAUGGCAGCGAUGCCCAGUUCCUGCACCACGUCCAUGUCCACGUCCAGAGCCAUGCCCAAGCCCAGAACCCCGCCCAUGUCCUCCUCUGCGGCGAUUUUCAGAACCGUGUUUGUAUCCAGAACCAUGUUCAGCUCCUCAACCAGCGCCAUGUCCAGCACCACGUCCAGUGCCACGCCCGCGCCCAGUUCACUGUGAGAAUCCAGAACCACGUCCGUGCCCACAGCCCUGUCCAUAUCCAGAGCCAAUGCCGCAUCCUGCACGCUGCUCCAGCCCAGAGCCUUGUGGGGAGCCUCUUCGCUGUCCCAGUCCCUGCUCAGGCCCUAAUUCAGUUCCCCACCACCAAGAACUAGGUUGUCAUGAAUCUAACCCAUGCCGCCUGGAUACUGAAGGCCCGAGCCCAUACAGCUGCAGUCAGGGGCAAGAGAGUAAUGGCAACUGUAGACCUAAUGAUGUUUUCCCAGGGCCACAGGGUCUAGGUGGCUGUGGAGACCAAGGAAACAGCCAUGGUGGAGUGAAAGGCGGGGCUUAUUCAGGAGCAAAGGGUGCUUACUUUUAA